GUGGUUACACGUCGAAAGCGGCUGGGCGAUCGACUAUAAAAGGGGAUGCAGGCCACACAGUUUUAGGCAGCACCGAGCUAAGAUCAAACACAAGGCACCGAGCCGUCUUGUCUUGUAGCAUCAUCUUAGCGUGUGUGCUGCUAAUCCUCUUUUCAAGCAUGGGUGGAGGCCACGACAUGCACGGCAGCCCCAACGGCGGCGUGAAGGGCUUCGUGUCCGGCCUCGUUAACGGCGGCAAAGGCCACGGCUACGGGUCAUCGUACGGCCAGGGGCACGGCUACGGCGGCGGCCAUGUACAGGGCUACCAGCAGGGAUACGGCGGGCAUGGACAGAGCUACGAGACCGGGUACGGCGGGCAUGCGCAGCACGGGCACGGCGGCUACGAGCACGGGUACGGCGGCGGGCAUGUGCAGCAGGGACACGGGCACGGCCACGAGCACGGGUACGGCGGACACGGGCAGCAGCACGGAUACGGCGGCGGCCACGCGCAGCUCGGGUACCCUCCCGCUGCCGGCGCCUACCCUCCACACGGCGGAUACCAGGCGCACGGCUACGCGCCGGCGGCCUACCCCUCUCACGGGGGGCACCAGGGUCACAUGGGAUCAUACCACACCGGGCAUGGCGGCGGGCACCACCACGGCGGCAAGUACCACGGCGGCAAGUACAACGGCGGCAAGCACGGCAGUAAGUGGAUCAGGUGAAGUGGCGCGCGCGGCAGCGCGUACGUGCGUGUGCGCCUCCAUGACAUGCCUCAGUUGAUCACUAACCAUGCUCUCCGUAUGCUACCUAAAUAAGAGCGAUAUAUGCAUGGUGUGUGAUACUUUGUAGCUUUCGUUUCAGCUGGUAAUGAUGUGUGUGGUGACCUAAUAAGUCUGUGUGUGGCUUAGUACGAAAAAUUUGUGUUCACUGUACUGAUGAAAUACAAGGUAUAUGUACCACCGUGCUCGGCCUGUGUGUACUGAUGCACCAAAUAAAACUUCCUAUUGAAUGCUCGCUUUUA